AUGCAGUCUUUUCGGGCAAACAAGCGGGAUGUUGAAAACAUCUUGCACGAUUUUAGUACUUUUCUUCGUCAGUUUCAAGGAUCUAAUGGUUUGCGAUGUUUCCUUGAUCAAGGAAAACUUUCACUUUUGUCUGCAAUGGGUGAGUUUAAACAAAGCAGUGAUGAGAUCUAUGAUAGACGUAUGAAAGUACUUUCGCAAACCCGUGUUUCUUUAAUGAAACUUUCUGAUCAUUUUGAUGCUGUUGGAAACGCUAUUGAAACUCUUUUUGCUCAACUUGAUGGCCUAUUAUCAGAGCUGCAUAAUUUUAAGGAAAUUUGUGAAAAUCAUUUGGAAAUGGCAACUGAAACAUUUUCUGAGCAGGCCGAAUUUAUUUCUAUUAACUCGCUGAAAGUCAAAUUACGUGCUUUGAGCCAAGAAUUAACCAGUAGUAUUAGGACCAAUUGCUGUGGUAUUCAGUCUUCUUCUAUUGAACAACUUGACAAAGCCUACUUGGAUGUAAAAUGUGAAGUUUCUAGAACUCAAACAGCCUUUGAUGUUUGGAGAAGGGAUGCAGAAGUAUGUGAAUCUAAACUUUUGAAAUCUCGUUCUGGUAGUUCUCACGACCAAGUGAGGGAGUUGGAGUUUAAACUCCGUCGGCUGCUAGAACGCUUGCAUGAAAGCGGCGAUAAAUACCACGAGGCUUUACAGGGUAGCAUGAACAAGACUUCCUUUCUCUUGGAACAGGUUUCC